AUGAACGCCACUAUCGGAGAUCGUUUGUCUUUUGCCAAUCCCACUGCUGUUAAUCACUGCUACCAAGUUGGUUAUUCCAUUCUGUUUUUACUUGGUUUUCCAGGUAAUCUAGCUAGUCUGUUUACUUUCUCACGAGCAUCACUGCGAAAACUAUCAACUGCAUGUUUGUUCAUUGCUUUGGCUAUCUUCGACACACUGUAUUUAGUCAUGUGUAUCUUUGACUAUCUCGAAUUCGGCUUCUCGGUCUCGUUUUAUGGUCGACUUUCGUACAGUGGAUUUUGCCGAUUUCGGUAUUUUGUGAUGUAUGCUGCUCAGUUUGCUUCCGCGUGGAUCUUAGUCAUUGUUUCUAUCGACCGGUGGAUUCGCACGCGAUUUCCAUUUAAGUCCAAUGUAAUAUGUACGCCAGCAAAAGGACUGAUAGCAGUUGGUGUCGUUCUGAUCAUCGAUGUCGCCUUGCAUUUCCAUUUGCUCACACAAUGGUUUGGAAUGCUUGUUCCUGGUUUAGCCAUCGCUGCAUGUGGACCAUCUUUCACCCAACAAUCAUAUGCAAUCUUCUAUUACAUGUUCUGGAGUAUAAUUCAAAUAAUCACUACAUGUAUAAUUCCAGCAGUGAUUAUGUUCUUCAUCGUCAUUGAUAUUUUGAUCAAUGUUCAUGUUCGUAAACAAGCAUUUGUUCGACCAAUUCAUGCGUUCGCAGUUUUACCAACAUCGUCGGUUGAAAAAGAAACACAUCGAACAGAAAAAGAACGAAGUUUGUCUCUCGAUGUCAAAUAG